AUGAAAGAACCUGAUGAUAAUAGCAAUGAUCUAAUAAUUCAUUCCUUUGAAGAGGAUAUUUGGAAGUUAUAUAAGAAGGAUAACUAUAUGAAACAUUGCAUUGUUAGAGACAGUAUUGAACCAAUAGCACUAGACGAAGAAAUUCAUAUUUUAAAAAAAGAAGAAGGUCCUACAUUUAAAUUGUCGGAAAUAUUAGAAUCUUUAGAAAAUAAAAAAGAGGAAGAAGAAGCAAAAUCAGAUAUAUCGUCACUAGAAUAUAUAGAACACGAAAAAAAAGAAGAAGAAGAAGAUAAAGGUAAAUUAUAUAAUGGUGUAUAUUUACAUGAAGUAAAUAUAAUAGAAAAUAUAAAAUAUUCUGACUGUAAUAAAAUAUACGAUGAAAAUAUAUUUCCUAUUAGUAUAAUAGGUGAUAUGUAUAUAAAUAAUAUAAUUCAAUUUAAAGAUAAUUCUCCUUAUCAUUCUAUUUAUAAAGUACAUAAAGUGGAAUGGUUUUUAAGUAUAGAUAUUAAUGAAGAUACUAUAUAUGAAAUCAUUCCAUUUAGUGUAGGUAAAAAUAUUCAAAUACCUUUUGAAUCAUUGGGCAAAUAUAUUUUUUGUAAAGCUUAUAGACGUAUAUAUAAGAACAAUCAAUCUAAAGAAAAAGAUGCAAAUACAGUAUUCGACCCACACACUUAUGUAAAUAAACCAGUUCGUUUUAAAUGUAGUACGGAAUAUAUAGAAAAAUAUUCUCUUAGCUGUAAAGGGCCCGUUUUAAUUUCUAUCGAUCUUGCUUUUAAGGUGCUGACAUAUUUAUGUGCUCACUUUUAUAGCACAAAAAUGAAUCUACAUGACCCCUUAAAUAAUGUACGCACAUUGUUUUCAUCGUCUAACAUAAAAGAGAAGAAGAAGGUACAAGACAAAGAAGAAGCGGUAGAGGAAGAGGAUGACAAUAUGACAUAUACUACUAGUUCUGUAAGUCAAAAUGAUGAAGGUGGUUAUGAAAUAUAUAUUACAAAUAUGACAAUAAAUUUUGAUGAAAUAAAAUUUAUAUUUUUAGAUAUUCUGGAUAAGAAAGAUAAAAUAAGUACAUCUCAUAGGGAUAACAAUAAUAAUGACAGUAAUAAUAUUAGGUACAAUUCUUUGGAAAAGAAGGAAUUGAUUUUUAAUUUAUAUGAAGUCGAAUUCAGAAUAUCAAAUAAUAAUGAUGGGAUAAUAAUAAUCAUUUGUAAAGAUAUGCAUAAAUAUUUUACUUUUGAAAAAUAUAAAAUGAUAACUAUAAAACCUUUUGAUAAGAACAUAUGCAUAAAUGAAUUGUGGAUUAUAUUAUUAGCUUUUAAAUCAGCUUAUUCAUAUAAAAAUGUUUUUAAAAAAUAUUCUAGGACGAUUUUUAGAAAUACAAAUAUUUCCUUUGUACAACAUAUGCUAAAUAAUUAUAUAACCAAGUCUUAUAAUUCAAACAAAAAUAAAAAUAUACCUUUUCAUAAAAUAAACACUAUAUUUAAUCAAGCCUAG